AAUGCAAUGGAAGUUGAAGAUUAUAUUAAUUAUUCUGAGGAGAGCAGUAAGGAAGAAUUGCUUAUUGAUCAAGAAAUUAUAGAUCUCACGAAGACUUUAGAAUCGGAAGAAACUAGUGAUGCUGAAGAGGAUGAAAGUUUGCAAGCGCACAGGGUUACACACAGUGAAGCACUGAAGGCAUUAGACAUUGAGAUGAAGUGGAUGGGGGAGUUGACAUCGGAAUUUAUAAAAGAGUAUUAUUCAUUAUACAAUACAAAAAUCACGGAAGAGGAGUCGUCUGGAGUUGUUAGAGAAUUAGAGGGAGUGCUCGCAGGGUGCCCUAUUGGAGUUCCAGUUGUUCCUAAAUUUGGGGAUGGAGUGAAUGAUUUUCAUUUGUUGAAACCAGGUUAUCCACUCAACCCCAGAUACUGUGUUGGAGAAAUAAAGAAGAUGGUGGAGAAAUUUGACUCCAACAUUGGCAACUUCAACAACAAAUAA